UUUUUUCUUCUAACCCUGGUUUCUACUCCCUGACCAAAAGCAGGAGAGCCAAUCAGACGUCAGCUGUUUGAAUUUAUGCCAGGGAGUUUUGGCUUGCAAGACUUAAGUUGUGGUGGCAAAAGCUAGUGUUUUCAAUCCCUAAAAAAACACCGUCCCGGUGAGACACGAUGCCUUAUACGCCGUCUGGGUUCUUUUGCGACCGGUUAAUCCGGGAGAGAGAGAGAAGGGAUGGCGAAGGCUCCCUGAGCAAACCUCUCCGUUUUAGCGGACAGGACUACAACCUUCUCAAGCAGGAGUACCUCCAGAAGAAGACCCUUUUUGAGGAUGAAACCUUUCCUGCCACUGUGGACUCCCUUGGCUAUAAAGAGCUGGGCCACAAGUCGAACAAAGUCAAGAACAUCGUCUGGAAGCGUCCCAAGGAGAUUUGUGAAAACCCACAGUUCAUUGUCGGAGACGCUAACAGGACGGAUAUCUGCCAGGGAGACCUGGGAGACUGCUGGUUGCUCGCUGCCAUUGCAUGUCUGACUCUGAACGACAAGCUGCUAUAUCGUGUUAUACCUCAAGAGCAGAGCUUCUCUGAAGGCUAUGCGGGAAUUUUCCAUUUCCAGUUCUGGCGUUAUGGUGACUGGGUGGAUGUUGUUGUUGAUGACCGCAUUCCCACCUUCAACAACCAGCUGGUUUUCACCAAGUCCGCUGAAAGGAAUGAAUUCUGGAGUGCUCUUCUGGAAAAAGCUUAUGCUAAACUUCAUGGCUCCUAUGAGGCUCUUAAGGGUGGAAACACUGCAGAGGGAAUGGAGGACUUCACCGGUGGAGUGACUGAAUUCUAUGAGAUGAAGGAGGCACCGAAAGAGCUGUACAAGAUCAUGAAGAAAGCUCUGGCGAGAGGCUCCCUCAUGGGCUGCUCCAUUGAUUCCCUGGUUCCAGCGCGCUUUGAAACCCGUACCACUACAGGUCUUGUGAAGGGACAUGCUUACUCUGUCACCGCUGUAGAGGAGUGUAAACAGUCCCUGCAGAAGGAGUCUAAAAUUCGUCUGGUGCGUCUGCGUAACCCCUGGGGUCAGGUAGAAUGGAACGGACCGUGGAGCGAUAAUUCGAAAGAGUGGGAAACCAUCUCUAAAGCUGAAAAAGAGAAACUCCAGCAUCAGAAUGCUGAAGAUGGAGAAUUCUGGAUGUCAUUUGAGGAUUUUAAGAAAAAUUUCACAAAAAUAGAGAUUUGCAACUUGACCCCUGAUGCUCUGGAGGAUGAUAAGCUACACAAAUGGACGGUGUCUGUUAAUGAGGGACGCUGGAUAAGAGGCUGCUCUGCUGGAGGAUGCAGGAACUAUCCAGACACAUUCUGGACAAAUCCACAAUACCGUCUGCGUCUUCUGGAGGAAGAUGAUGACCCAGAGGAUGAUGAAGUUGCAUGCACUUUUGUUGUUGCUCUAAUGCAGAAAAACAGACGUAGAGAACGCAAGUUGGGUGCAAAUCUCUUCACUAUUGGAUUUUCCAUCUAUGAGGUGCCAAAGGAGAUGCACGGAAACAAGCAGCACAUGCAGAAGGAGUUCUUCACGUCUAACUCAUCUAAGGCCCGUUCCAGGGCGUACAUUAACCUGCGAGAGGUGACCCAGCGUUUCCGUCUGAGUCCAGGGGAGUAUGUCAUCGUUCCCUCCACAUACGAGCCCCACCUGGAAGGCGAUUUCAUCCUCCGCGUCUUCUCUGAAAGGAGAAAUACCUCUGAGGAGAUAGAGAACAGGAUUGAAGCUGAUCAUCCAGUGCCGGCUCCAGCUUCAACUGGGGAAGAGAGUGAGGAGGACCAGCAGUUCCUGUCCAUUUUCCAGCAGAUCGCGGGGGACGUGAGUACUGGGGAGCCACUGAGCGAAGGGGGGAGUCAAAUGGAGAUCUCAGCCAAUGAACUCAAAAAUGUCUUGAACAAGGUGGUGUCUAAAUACAAAGACAUAAACACUGAGGGUUUCAGUCGGGAGAACUGUAGAAGCAUGAUCGCCCUCAUGGAUAUGGAUGGAACGGGAAGACUUAACCUACAAGAGUUUAGACACUUGUGGAACAAAAUCAAACAGUGGCAGGGAAUCUUCAAGCGCUAUGACUUUGAUCAUAUUGGCACUAUCAGCAGCUAUGAGAUGAGAAACGCCAUCAAUGAUGCAGGGUUCCGUCUGAAUAACCAGCUGUAUGACAUCGUCACCAUGCGCUACGCCAAUGAUAACAUGAACGUCGACUUUGACAGUUUUGUCAGCUGUCUUGUACGACUGGAGGGGAUGUUCAGAGCAUUCCAAGCCUUUGAUCGAGGUGGAGACGGCACCAUCAGACUUAAUGUACUGGAGUGGCUCCAGCUAACCAUGUAUGCCUAGACCUACGGAUCCAGGCGAGCCCAGACUCGGCAAGGACAAGAACUACCAGCUUUUACCUCAACACUCAAUGUGCCAGACUACUGUUACCUCUUUCUCUGUACCUCAGCCCACAUCGAACACCAGCUCGAGAAACUUUACACGAUUACUUCAAUUUUAUUAGGGAUUGUCAUGAUGGGUGAAAUGAGUAAUAGCGUUAUAGACUGAUGUCACUUUUUUUAGUCAGAUUGCGGAGAAAACGUUGCGCACAAGCGACUUUUGAGGCACGUCAUUGUGUCAUUUUUAGCAUGAUUUCUGAUUUUCUGUUGUAAUUUGUUCCUCAAAGUCAUCAUUCUUUUCACAUGAACAUUCAAUUCGUCUACACUGGUGCUACAGACAUCGUUUCUCUUUUACCUCAACCAGCCUCAAAAUAUGCUGACAUGACGCUGAGAUGGAUAUAUAUAACGGAUUAUCUAACAUCAUAUAAAACUAUAACACUAGAUUCAGACAAGAACAAGUAGAUUCGGGUGCUUUAAAUUACCAAUGAUGAUUCAAUUUGACCAUUCACACUAAAAAACACAAUCCAGAUUUGACUCUGAUUCCACACCACAUAUGGAUGUGGUUCGGAUCAUGUUUGUAAACAUUGGGUUUCACGCGAGUUCAGACUACAAAAACUACCAAAACUUUGGGGAAACGCAAACAAAGUCUCAUCUUGACGUUUGCAUUAGUAUUAUUUCUCUCUCUCUCUCUCUGUGGCAUCUAACACAAACCCUUUUCAUAAUACUACCACCUCUGUCUAAUUCAGCUUUCUUAAAGAAUGUCUUUCCAUAUUUACCCAGAUGUACUCUUACAUGCAUCCCAUCUUCACAUUUUGUUCCCAUUUGGUAAUAUCAACUUCCAUUAAAACAAAGCAGGGCCAUGUAGAUGGUCCUUGUUGUUUCAAAUCCUGGUUGUUUUGUUUUGUAAGUUAACAUAAUAGGAAAUGAAAAACAAGAUGAACCAGGUGAGGAAACAAUCAUCGGAGGAGAAUCGUCAGGGAACUCAUGACGGAUGGCAGGAUUCAAGGUCUUUCUUUCAUAACUGUGGGCAAAGACAUGGGGCGAUCCUAGGCUUUUUUUGUUUUUGUGCUUGACCCCCAUUUAACCUUUUGUUCAAAUGAGUGUACUGACUUCGCCCGUUUAACAAAAUAAAUAAUUGUGUAGUUCUUGGUUGAAGUGCUUUCCCAGGAAAAACCAGAA